AUGCGGCCUUUAAGUGAUCCUAUUGAUGUAUAUUCAGACUGGGUUGAUGCAUCCGAACACGUUCGGCCAGAGGGAAAUCUUUCUCAUGGAGAUUAUGAAGACGACGCUUUACAUGAUGAACAUAAUGAAAGGGAAGAAGAUGAUGAAGGAUCAUAUCAGGGCA